AUGAAGGACCCGUCCAUCUCGUCGUACAAGGAGAACGAGAACGCGCCUAUCCUGCCCAUGAAGGUGUGCAAGUUCUUCUCCGGCCUUUUGAAGGUGGAGAACCCGCAGGUUGAUGACCUCAAACUCAACCCUGGCAACGCCACACCUGAUCAGGUCAAGGGGCUGCCUCCUACCGUCUUUGGAAUUACGGGUCUGGACCCGUUGAGGGACGAGGGUCUGCUCUACGCCCAGAUGCUUACUGAGGCCGGAGUGCCCACAGACAUCAGCGUCUUCAAGGGAGUGCCCCAUGGUUUCCGCCGUCACGGCAGCAAGCUGUCCGCGUCGGCUAGGUGGGACAAAGUAAUGGAGGAGGGCAUCAAGUGGGCCAUCGCCAAGCCUACACCGACGUACAAGUUUGAUGUAAAGGCCGAGUAG